CGACGACAUGUCGAACAACAUGAAAUUUUCCGGAUAUGAAUUUGAGAAACUCGGAACCUUGGAACGGGUUUUCCAACCUCUCUCGAUUUUCCGGAGACCAAAACAACGGACAAAAACUACAACAACCACGGGUGUCAGAAAUCGGGGCCCGUUUACGCGCCCUGCUUCAGUUCUUUAGCAGCAAGAGGCCCUGCCAGACGGAACGUAUAUUUACGCAUAAAUUUACAAAUUCAUACCAAAACGUUUACGCUCCGUCUGGCAGGGCCUAAGACCUUUUUCUAGUGUUUUUGCGCUGAAAUUGAAUUCCGUUUCUCGAAACGGGAAAGCAUAUUUAUCCAGUUUAUUCUUGCGAUCAAUUGCAAGCAAACUGCUGCUGUGUGCGCCAAGAAACGAAAUCCUGAUUCACCAUCCGAAUUGCGUAUUACGUGCGUCGCCACCAUCAACAACCCAAAUCCCGCCGAUCGGAUGCAGCCGAAUUGAUUCCAGCGAUCAACCGGAGUGAAAUCUGACUCAUCAUCGGUUCAGUUAUUAUCUUCUGCGCUCUCUAAUCGCGGUCAAUUGGAGUCGAGUGUGAAGCAACAGCUCGUGCGUCCGCUUGUGCGUAGGGGAAGCCACAUAUCAGCACCAGCGAAUGAAACAGCCGGACAGGAUGGAAAAACAGGAGGAAGAGACUGAAAUCGCCCAUUUCAAAAUUAGACCAUUCCGUUCGGGCGUUAUCAAGCAAGACCACAAUCUUUCCGCAAUUGUUUUCAGCUUGCUAGACAGCUUGAAUGACAAAGACGAGGUACUGCGCAUUACCACUGAGGCGGCGUUAACGCGAAUUGCUGCCCGACGUCACGAUGAAAUCGUAGAAGUGUUUUGCGAGCACAGAAAAAAGCAUCCCAAGCUAAGCGAAUCUCAAACGAUUGUAAUACUGAGGGUUUUAUCGUACAUCGCCACAAACUUGAUCGGCAGCAUUGAUCACCAAACGGCUUUUAAAUGCAUCCAGUACAGCAUCACCGAGAUCACUAAAUGUAACGAACAGAGCAGCGUACAGAAUCCUUGCCGUGAAAUUCUUGUUUCGGUCGGUCGGCAGUACAGCAAAGAGAUCAUGGAGGUAUUUCUAAAGCAUCUAUCCGAGGAGCAGGUGGCUAACUGCAUGCUAAUGGAUGCCAUUGGCGCACUUGCCACGUCCAACAUGAACAUCGUGCCGUAUAUCAAAUCGAUCCUGGGCCACAUAAUGUCUGCCCUGACGAUGAUUAAGCAGGAUGUGCAGCGGCAAUCCCACGCCUAUGCGAUUGGUCGGUUUUGCGAAGCAUUUCUCGAAUAUCAGGAGCAGCAACGCCAAAAUCCGAACGAAGAGAUACCAAUGAUGACAGGCGCCCGGUACGAGAUCCACGACGAAGUGUCGUGCAUUUACGAUCAUUUGCAGGCACAAUGGCUUAGUUCGCGCGAACCGAAGGUAAUCAACGAGGUAUUGAGCGCAUUUGCGUUGAUGUAUCCGCUGCUGCCGGUGGAGAAGAUAAGUGAUAACUUGAACAAAACAUUGACCAGCGUAUUGGCGCUGUAUAGGAAGAGUUACGAUCGGAGUGCAAUAACGCAGUACCUGGCGGCUAUCAUUAAAACCGUUCUGCAUUUGAAUUCGAAACUGCUGGCGGGCAUGUGCGACAACUUGAUAGGCUGUCUGUUUGAUCUGGUGUGCGUGAAUCCCGACUACGAUAAGCCGCAGACGGUGAAGGGGCAUUUUGAGGUGUUGCGUUGCUUCGAUUUGCUCGCGCCGGAAUACGGCGAAAAGACCACGGAAAUACUGCUCCUUCAUCUGCGCAACAACAACGAGCGAGAACGAAUCAAAUCCUUGUUGGUUUUGACGCAUUUAACCAAUACCUCUGAAGAGGUGGUACGGGCCAAACUACCGGAGAUUGUCGUCAUUUUGAAGGGUAUGCUUGCAACAGAGAAACCGAUUAAGGUAAAGAUGGUACUACUGAAGACGAUGAUUGCCUUCAUGCAGAAAAAGUUCGUACAGGACAAGGAAUUUGUGACGUUUCUUAUUAGAAGCAGCUGCACACAAAGCAAACGAAACUUGGACUGCGGCACGCUAGAGGAGCAUUUGGAAUUUCAGCGGGCUUGCAAUGACACGAUAAACAUCCUAUCGUCGACCGUUGGUACCGUCGAUCAGGUGCUUAAAAUGGAACUGCUCAGCUGCUAUCUACGUUACGAAUUUACCGAUAUAUGUAGCACUACCGCCAAGUGUCUUGCGAAUCUAUUGACCAAAGAUCCGGACAUGACUGUAGUACCUGAUCAGCAGCUAGAUCCAUCGGAGGAGAAUCAAAGCGCAGAUUACACCGCUCUACCAUCGCCCACGUCGGUGUUCGUACGCACGUUGGCAUUGCUUGGUAGCUUCAAUGAUCUCGCUCGACUUCAGAAUCUCCUGAGCUUCUUGAAAAGCUACGCCGGCUGCCUGUACCAUCAGCUGAAGCCACUAUGGAACGAGCAAAUCGCCGCAAUUCAGUCGGAACUGAACGGAGGGUGUGAUGAAGCGCGAUACUUUGAACUGUUGCACGACUUGGUGCGAGCGACGAUAAAAGACAUCGAUGAUCACUCGUUUGUAGAGGAUACAAUAUCCGAAAUGUUCUAUCAGCUACCGCUCUAUCAACCGAUUACUUCUACACAAGUAUACGAAUUUCAAGUACCCCCACUCGACCAGGAAAAGCGCAUGCUGGUAAAGAUGAUGGGAAUCUUUCUGUGCCACUCCAUCAACGAUCAUUUGAUAGUCAACAAAAUUGAUCUGAUAGUCGGAUUAGCGAAAGCGGAAAAAAUUGACAAAAAUCUUCGAAGCGAAGAGUACGAGUAUCUGAUGCGCGACUAUGCCGAAUCCCUGGGGUAUCUAUCGGCUCAUCAUUUGGAUAAAGUGAUGGCCAAACUGAUGACGGUGAUCGAUGAUAGUUCGGUGAAAAAAUCCAGCAGCUUCUUUUCGAACCUCAACUUUAUUAAAGACAGUGCCAAAGAGGUUGAACUGUACAAGAUGAAAAUAUUGAGCCUGCAGGCCCUCAACCUAAUCGUGUUUCGUGCUCCGAAAGAGAAAAUUACCACGCACUUUACGGACAGUGUGGUGUGCUAUCUAGUAGCUCAGUGCGAAAACAAGCAGUUGUUCGUUAAGCAACUAAUACUGGACACGCUGCUGGCACUGCUAGACAUCUUUCUGGCUGCCGAUGGGGAGGAGCAGAUGAUAGUGUUAAAGAUCAAGCAGGAUUUGCAUAAGAUAUGCAUGACCAUUACUUCCGAUUCGUCCAACGAGUACUUACCGCUGUUUCCAUCGAUCAUUAAACUGUCGACUAUACUCGUGAAGCUGAAUGCCGAAGAGCACGAGCUCGAUGUAAAUGGGCUGCUGGAUUCGAUUUGCUUUUACUUCUUUUCCACUGCACAGAAGUUAAAAUCGCGCCUCGAUCCGAACGAUGAUGACGCGCGGAACGUUUUCUUGGCGCGGAACUUAAACCUUUGUCUGCCAGAGGUGAACCGAUUCAUUCAACAAAUGCUGCAGCAGCAGAAUGCUUCACCAGCUUGCCUCGACGAUGUGCAUUCGAUUCUAGAGGGCUGGCUCAAGAAUAAGAACACCGAGGCACGCAUAUGUGCCUGCCACGUGUAUAAUAGCACGCUUGCGGUGUAUAUGAAAUCGAUGAAAAUAGGCUGCGAAGGUCCGUCGAAGUUUAACCAGACCGGCAGCAUGUUGGGAAAAAUUAUACCGCGCUGCAUCGACUCGAACGCCACGGUACGACAGACCGGCGUUGAGGUGUUGACAAAGAUUCUAGAAAUUGCGCACGUGUACGAGACGGUGACCGUGGCUGAUGAUCGCGUGGACUGGAUGCAAGAGUUGAACCGCAUUCAUUCCGAGAUAGUAACAGAUGACCCCAAAGAAAUUUAUCGCAUUGCCGGUGAGCUAGCGCGAAUAGUCGCGCAAUGUUUGUCUAGCUACCAGUACGUAAAGUUUAGCAAAUGUCUGCUGGGAAGCGUAGCCGAUCCGGAGCAAAGCUCUGUCAUCGGUGCUUCACAUGUGCUGAAGCUGUUUAUGCAUGUGAAGGGUGCAGAUAUGUUCCAUGCCAUACCUGAACUGGUAAAGGAAUGUCUAUAUGCUGUCAAAAUAUGUGAUGUUCCACGGGCUAGAACUACUAUAUUGAAAUCUAUCCUUGCCUUAACGAAGCACCAUCCCAAGCUGGUGUGCAAUGAAGUGCUUGGUCAGUGCUUACCGCUUGAAGAACAUGUUAUCGAAUUCUGGAAAACCUUGACGAUGGACACAAAUCUGACAGGAAUUAUUUUGGAUAACUUCAUUAACAUCGUCACAACGACCUGUCUUUACGAGCAAACGUUGCAAAAUGGACGCGGAGAUGAGAAACGGUGUGUCACAUUACAACCAUUUGCCAUAAUCGUUGUGCUGGGUGAAGUGUUUAAAUGCGAAGGAAUCCGAGACGAAUUGCAGGUCAGGUUUCCGGAAAUAUUCUGCAUGCUGCUUUCUACGCUGGCAUCGUACAUCUCAUUGCAGCCACCACACAGUGUAGUAGCGCAACAAAGUAGCACUCCGAAUGCAACACUGCAGAAAGGAAGCCGUCGCACGAAAGACGCACUGAAAACGAUGCAGCUAAACCCGUGUCAGGUGGUUCUGGAGGCGUUUCAUACGUUUCUCGACACGCUGGGUAUGCAACAGAUUUCCGUUGUACUUACUAUAUGCCCGGAUAUGGCUACAAGUAGCGAUCUGAAUAAUUUCAUCGAGAUUUUGGCCCCGCUCGGCGUAGCUACAGCCAACGAGGUUGGCAUCAAUUCGGCGCUUAUGAAACAGCUGGUUACCACCAUGAGCAAGUACGUGUGCAGUCCUUACGACACUCAGCGGAUCGCCUCGACCGGCUUCUACGCGCAUCUGGUACCCUUGCAACCCAGUGGUGAAACGGCAUCUGUGGUAAUGCUUAAUCUCAACUCGUCACUCAACGAUCCGAAUCCUUUGGUGCGUGGUCUCAGCAUCCGAGGUAUGGCGUACUUAGGCAGUCUCACUAAGCACAACAUCGAGAAGUAUUCGGAGGUGUGUCUGUCUGCGCUGCUCAAGGGUAUCGAUGACUACAAUCAGAAUUGCUUCAUCAACAUUCCGCUUGACAGUAUACGCGGCUUGUCCAAGGUGCUGCAAGUGAUAGAUCCGGAAAAGUUUGAAAUGUUUCAAGUCUCGCUGGCCAUACGCAUUAGGCCGUUCUUUGAAAACAACUCCACUGAACUGCGCGAAUCGGCGAUUCUGUUGUUCGGGGACAUGUGCGGCCAGAAGAUAAAGCAAAUAUCUGCUAGCACCGAUGUGAAUGCAGAAUCCAUGGCAUCAGCGCUGUCGGAGUCGUUAAUGGAACAAUUGAAAGCGAACCUGUGCUGCCUAUUGUUACACCUGAGUGAGCAAGAAAGUAUGAUUGCGCGUGCGUGUAAACUUACGUUGAAAAAUGUCUGCAACCUCCUCAGCACGAGCAAAAUGAGAACGAUCGCCCAAAUGCAUCUGAUAGAGCAUGGCCAGCUGCAAUAUAGUACAUUUUUAAAAGAUUUUGCCAAGUUGAUUGGAGAAGAAUUGCAUGACUGGAUUAGCGACUUCAUCGAUGCUUGCCUGCCGCUAUUGCGUAGUCAAUGGCCAGAAGUCCGGGGUAACGCCGCAAUACUUAUUGGUUUACUACACUGUCAUAAUCCAAACGUGAAGUCUAAGCCGAUGGAAUCGAUUGGUAACAAGAUCGCCGCACUGCUGAAGGACGAAUGUAAGGAUGUCAAAGUAAGUGCUGCCGAAGCUUUGGGAUAUAUUUACGGUGGAUUGUAAUGACUACCAUCUCGAUGCGCUAUGAAGCUAUAUGAAACUUAGUAUGAACUAUGAAGCUAUUAAUAAUCACAGGCACUUGAACUCUUGAUCUGGGAUGAUAAUGAUGAUGUUUUGUUUCGCUGACGCUUCACUCGAUUCUUGUUUUAUUAACUGUUUAAAUUUACUCUUUGCUACAAGUUCCCAUCGGAGAUGUAAUAGUUCCGAAUAAAUAGUUAGAGAAGA